UGGAGACCCUGUGAAGGCGUUCCUUCGAGGAAGGGUCCUGAGUAGACAGUGUGAGUUGUGUGAAAUCCGGCUCCUUCUUGUCAUCAAGCCACACUGAGAAGCCGACGCCACAUGGGCUGGAAGCACAGAUGACCGGACUCGCACGGGCUGUCUUCUCUCCCAGAUUAUGUCUUCCCCAGACUCAGCUAUGCCCCAGGAAGACAACAGGAUGACCAAGGUCAAGAAGACGGAGGUUGAAGUUGAGUGUUUGGUGUCCCAGGAGAUGGUGACGUUCAAGGACGUGGCUGUGGUCUUCAGUGAGGAGGAGUUGGGCCUACUGGAUGCUGCCCAGAGGAAGCUGUACCACGACGUGAUGCUGGAGACCUUCAGGAAUGUGGUGUCACUGGGGCAUCAGCUCAUGACUCCAGAUGUUUUACCCCAACUCAAGAGAGAUGACGUGCUUUGGAUAUUGAUGACUAGCUGCAGCAGUGAGUCUACAGUGCUUUGUAUUUAAACCAUAACGAGGAAACGAAUCCAAGCAGAG